UUUGAACGUGAACACAUGGAGAUUGAAUAAAUAAUGUGGCUGGCAAUUUACUUUACUUAUGUUAUGCUGCAAGUGCUAAUGGUGAUGUAUGCAGUAGUGGAUUUGCUUAGAUAAUCUCUGUAAUUAGUGAUUGGAUGUUUUACAUACAUUAUAAUCAAUACAAAAAAUAUGUCAAUAGAUUUGUAGUUUCAUUGAUAUGGUGUAAUAUUUAUUAUUAAAGUAAGAAUGGCAAGUUUUAAGAGAACAAAUUCAAAGCUUUAUUCCAAGCCAACCCAGAAGUUAACACCUGAUAUUGAAUACUGGAAAAAACUUGGUGUUCCAGUUCUGCUUAAAGAGUUUGGCGCUAUUGACUACAUAGAUUUUUCACCUUUGGAACCAAACUAUUUUGCAGUGACAUGUUCAGUGAGGGUUCAAGUGUACAGUGCCUUGACGAAAUUACCCGUGAAAAACCUGAACAAGUUUAGAGACGUAGCUUAUGGUGGAAGUUUUCGCUCAGACGGACUCUUGUUGUGUGCAGGAAGUGAGGAAUCUCAAGUCAAGCUUUUUGAUGUUGAGUCCAAGUCUCUACUUAGGGUCUUCCAUGGCCACACAAGUGCCGUUCAUAGAUGUUUUUUUACCUCUGACAAAACCCAUAUUGCCAGUUUCUCCGAUGACAAAACAGUAGCCCUCUGGGACGUCCCAUGUGAGAAGAAACUGCACACAUUUACAGAUCACAAUGACUAUGUGAGGGCAGGGGCUGUGUCUCCAGUCUCCCCCUCCAUUCUGCUGUCAGGCUGCUAUGACCGGCAUGUUCGAAUGUUUGACUCACGCACCAAGACUGACCCUGUAUUCACAGUAGACCAUGGUGCUCCAGUCGAAAGUGUUCUAUUCUUACCUUCUGGUGGAAUAUUCGUCUCUGCAGGUGGCACAGAGGUGAGGGUGUGGGACGCAUUGGCUGGUGGCCGACUACUGGCCAAACUCUGUCAACACCACAAGACAGUCACAUGUCUGCAUCUGGCCUCUGACAACCGGCGACUUCUCUCCGGCUCUCUCGACCGUCAUGUCAAAGUUUAUGACAUUUCCUCCUACCGCACUGUACACACCAUUGACUACACCAGUCCUAUAUUGAGUCUUGCUGUCAGUCAAAGGGACUCCACUGUGGUAGCAGGAACAGUGGAUGGUCUGGUGUCAAUUCGGAGGCGGGAAGAAGAUGUAGCCACAGGUCCCACUAAACGCAAGAAAGUCACCUAUCGUAAUGUUGGAGACUUUCUGCCAUCUUCAAGUUUCUCACACGACACAAUUAUUUCUGCUGGUAACCAGGUUUUGGUGUCCAAUCCCACCAAGAUAAAAGAGUCAAAACAUGACACCCACCUGCGGAAGUUUGAGUACUCCAAAGCCCUGGACAGUGUACUCUCAUCUUACAUUGUCAACAAGACUCCUCACGUUACAGUCACACUCUUCCAAGAGUUAUCCAGGCGGAAAGGUCUGAUAAACGCACUAGCAGGUCGAGAUGGCAAAUCUCUUGCAUCUAUUCUAAGAUUUCUUGUAAGGUUUAUAGGAGACUACAGGUUUACCAGAGUUCUCAUAGAAGUUGCUAAUUGUGUAUUAGACAUCUACGGUGACCACCUGGGAGACACAGGGCCAGAAGCAUGUCAGCUGUUUGUCCGGCUGGCCAAGAAGCUGAGAGAAGAAGAACAACUGACCAUGACUCUGCUGUCACUGCAGGGUGCCAUGCAGAUGCUCCUGGCAGGCUCCAGUGCAGGGGAGGCCAACAAAGACAUGAUGGAGACCAUGCAGCCCUCUGACAUGGCCCGACAGAAUUUGGUUAUCAGCGUCUCGUGACAAAGUUAAUGGUAGUGAUCAGGUUGCUAAGCAACUUCAAGGAUCAGAUGAUAAUGCAGGUCACCAGAAUAACUCAAUGGUUCAUGAAUCAAACCCACCUGUUACCUGUUUUGGAGCAUCCAUCUGCCUCCUCCUUCCAUCUUGAUCUGCUGCUCAGUUGAAACCUCAGAACAAAAACCAUGCAAUGACACAGCAUUGAAAGUCAUGCAUGUUUUAGAGUUGAAAACUUUUGUGACAUGCAGACAACAUAAUGCUGGUGAGCUCACCUCAAACAUUCACUGAGCAUUUUGUGCUUCUUUUGCAUUUAAAACAAAUAUAAUUUCAAAAUGCAGUAAACGAAUUUCACUCUUCUUGAAAAUAUGUACUGCAUUGACACAUAACUCUAAAAGAGAACCCUUUAUUUGCUAAACAAAUUUAUAUAGAUUUGUUUUAUAACACUUUUACAUUUUGUCUUUUCAUUUUUUUGUUAUAUAUACUGUAAUUUAUUUUCAAAUAAAGUAUUUUUAUGACAUCA